CGAGGCUUUGAGCUCUCGAGCACUAAAGCCCUGGUUACGUGUGAUUCGUGUUUGUGAUGCUUAAUAAAUGCACGUCUGUGUGCACUUGUAUAAUUAUUCAGCAAGGCUGUGUGUAUGGACGCCCGGUCGCUGUAGGUUCGGUGUAAGCACGCAGGCCCCAGGGCAGCGCAGGGAGCGCAUAAAGCAGCGGUGAGCCGUGUGAGGGAGGGCAGGGCUCUGCGUGAGCGCCUCUGGUCGCAAUCACCACAAAGACACGGUGAAGAAGAAUUGGUGUGAAACACGUACAAGAGGCUAAGCUGUGACGCCCAGGUGCUUGGAGGCACCCGUUUCAUUUCAGCCCACUGUGAAGGCGGUGUCAGUUGACUGGAUGCAAAGGCAACAUUUUCCCUGUGAAGACAAUGAAAUGCUGGGACGGCUUUGAGCAGCUAGGGACCUCCCAACCUGGAUUAUCGUCUGAUUCAAGGGUCGGUAACAGAAAGAAAGUCACUAUUUUGUUACCUCAAUUAUGCUAGAAAGAAUUAAGCAAAAAUUGGAUGUGAUAGUGUCAUUGAGGUUGGAAAAGACUCCAUGAUCAUCUAGUCCAGCUUCAGCCCAUGCCCACCAUGCCUGCUGCCCAUGUCCUUCCACGUCCCUCAGGGCCUCGUUGACCCUCUUGAACUCCUCCAAGGCUGCCGACUCCACCACUUCCCUGCAUGGCCCGUUCCAAUGCAUCGCUACAGUUUCCGAGAAGAAAUUUUUCCUAACAUCCAACUCCAAAUCAUCACUUGGUUUUGCUAUUUAUAAAAUCAUGAGUUAACUUGAUGGAAAUGGAAGACCCCGUGUGAAAAAAAAUGGUGGAACGCUUGCCCAAGAUGCAGGUCUGUGGUACACUUGUUAUUUCACCUUUUUUGUAAUGUUGGUACUCCGUGAUUACACACUGAAAGAUGGCAUGUGCAGAAAUGCAGUUCUUGACCCUUUGAUUGAAGACAGAAUUGUGUCCUACAGCUCUAAGACACUUUUUCCUAGGAAGAAAUGAGAUUUUCUCCUUAAAAAAUUCCAGUGUUUUAUAGUUUUCAUACUUGUUAGUAAGAAAAACAAAAAGCAACAUAGACUUUAAUUUCCAUUUUCUUAUUACUGUACUGCAGUCAAACCUGAGUGAAAAAUUUGGAGCAAAACUGCUUUUGUUGACUGAUGAAAUUUGUUGUAGAAACGUAUGGCAAAGUGCAAGUAAUGGAGAAAUCUGUUUGGUUUCCUGCCAAUUCAGCAAACACCAGGUGCCUGCAGAUGUGGCAGCAACACCUUUAGACCAACAUCAGGAAGUUUAAGUAGUUAUCCAAAGGAAUAAUUUAUUGUGCAGUUGUGUUUUUAAUGCAGCAUCAGUUUAAAAUCAAGCACGCCAUCUGAUUACUGAAAACUUGAUAAGAAUAGAUCUUUGAGUAAAGGCAGAGGAAAACACCACUGGCUUGAGGGAAAUUUGCCCUGCGUAAGUCCUGAGUGAGAAACUGAUCCCUUAUGUUCUUGGGAAUGCCCUUGGAUGACUGUUCCCUUUUGUCAGUUCUGAAAUGUGGAGGAAUUCUCGGGAAUUCAGUGACUGGAAGCUGUACCAGAAGCAGAGGAAAUUACUUUGGAGAGCGUCGAGACCAAAGUGCUGAUGAUUUCAUGAGUUUAUUGCCUGAGAGCUGCAGCCACCGUGAUGCUUCUGUAGUCGUGAAAUCUGAAUUAGUUGGAAUUCAUCAUUUAACAUCAAUUAUCUUCAGAACAUUGUUGUGACUUCAGGUAGAGGUAGACUUGAUUUGGAUGUUACAGUUCCUGUAUGCUUUGAGGUGGCUGCAACCCACCUGAAGGUCUGAAGGAGGUCUCAGCUGUUGUCGCUGGGCUGUGCAUGCAGGCCAGGCUGCUGCCCAUUGCACUGACAGCUACAGUGGGCAUCAAAGGGCUGCCUUACCUAGCAGAUGAAGUAUUCAGGAAGAUGGCCUCAGAGGAACAGGUCUGGCCGGUCCCAAUGAAGGCAAUUGGAGCACAAAACCUUUUGACGAUGCCUGGAGGAGUGACCAAAUCGGGCUAUCUUCACAAAAAGGGAGGCACUCAGUUGCAGAUCUUGAAGUGGCCACUGAGAUUUGUGAUUAUCCAUGAGGGAUGCAUUUACUACUUCAAGACCAGCACGUCUGCAUCUCCACAGGGUGCAUUUUCUUUGAAUGGUUACAACAGGGUUAUGCGGGCAGCUGAAGAGACGACAUCAAGCAAUGUGUUUCCUUUCAAGUUAGUUCACAUUAGCAAGAAGCACAGGACGUGGUUUUUUUCUGCUUCUUCUGAAGAUGAAAGAAAGAAUUGGAUGCUAUCCCUGAGGAGGGAAAUCGAUCACUACCAUGAUAAGAAAGAAACAGUAACAGAAUUCAGUGACUCUGGUUCUGAUGCAGACAGUUUCUAUGGCUCAGUUGAACGUCCCAUUGAUAUCAAGUAUUCUCAUCAUUCAGCAGAUAAUGAAGAUUAUGACCAGGAGGAAGACGAUGAGUCCUACUUGCAGCCAGAUACUUCUGACAUAGUGAAAGAUGAUAUCAUGGUCCUGCCCCCAGCCUACCCACCUCCACCGGUCCCUCAUGUCAGAAAAGUUGCCUACUCGGAGUCAAGGUCACAUUCCUUUAGUGGAAAACCUGCUGGAUCAGCAGCACCACCACCACCUCCAAAAAGGAGCUUACCUGAGAUCAAGACAGAGGAUCUCUUCAGUGUGAGAGAGCCCCAGUUACCGUGCCGAGCUGAACCUAACCUAAAGAUUCAGUCCUCCAGCCGGAGACCAAGUGAGCAGCUGCCUCCUGUGCCCCCUUUACCUCUUUUCAAAAAGCCUUUUAGUGUCAAAGAACCUUCCUCACUGCCUCCAGAACCUCUGCCUCUGUCUCACGUUCUCAAUACUCCAGAAGGAUGCGAGAAACUAAAAACCUUAAACCUUUCACCGCGAACUCCUCCUCCAGUGCCAAGCAACAAACCCAAGUUGUCCCAGAUAACAGAAAAACCAAUAGAAACCAAAGUGCCAAGAGAACAUGGCAAACCGGGACUGUUUGUGCCACCAGUGCUCCCGAAGCCACCCGUGCCAGGCCACCAGCAUCCUGUACUUAAACCUAGACCAGAGAAGCCUUCAUGUCCCCAAUUACAGAGAUCACCACCAGAUGGGCAGAGUUUUAGAAGCUUCUCAUUUGAAAAACCAGCACUGCCCUCCAAGCCAAGUCAAGCGAAUGAUGAUUCUGAUGAUGACUAUGAAAAAGUUGAGCUGCCUACUUCAAUAUUUAUUAAUACCUCUGAAUCCUUAGAAGUUGAAAGGAUAUUUAAAGCUAGUAGCCCAAAGGGACAGCCACAAAAUGGAUUAUACUGUAUUAGGAACUCAUCUACUAAGGCUGGAAAGGUAUUAGUUGUAUGGGAUCAAUCUGCCGAAAAAGUGAGAAACUACAGAAUAUUUGAGAAGGACUGUAAAUUCUACCUGGAUGCAGACAUCAUGUUUCUGAACAUGGGGAGUUUGGUUGAAUACUAUAGCACUCAUGUCCUACCUAGUCACGGCAGCCUGAUUCUUCGGUGUCCUUAUGGUUACUCUAAACCAAGCUGACAGGGCCGACAUAAUUCACUGACACUGAGGAAAAAUGGGUUCUCUGCUGUCUUGGAAUUAAACGUGGACUUCUGCCACUGCUGGAUUUCCCGUUGCUUGCACACAAAACCUGAGUUUAUUUCAACCAUUUGUUUUCAUGUGAGCUAUAUCUCCACUUAAUGAACUCUUGGUAAAGUUUUGUAAUGCAGAGCAGUGGAUUUUGUGCCUUUCUCUCAGAAAGAUCUGAACAGGCUGUUCUGUGAAGGCCAUCUGCGACACCUGCACCUUUUUUUGAAACUGCUGCUAUUACUGAUCUCCUUGGAAUGUGGAGAACAAUGUCCACAUGAACAAAGAAGUGUUGUGAAUACAACCAAAGCACAAGAGGGAAGCUUCUGAAAAUACAUGAGAAUUCAUUUGUGGCAGGGAAUACUAAUAUUCUGACUUGAAGGAUUUUACUCCUUAAGUCAGGGCUGGUGCUGAACUUGUAUUACUUGUAUAGUUGAUGUGCAAAUAAUGAAGUCUUUUGUGCAAAUAAUUUGGUUUACUACAUGUAAAGAUGAUUGGGAAAUGCAACAUUUUCUAAGCCAAUUGACACAUAAAUGUAAUUUGUGAUUAAAAUGUCCACAGUAAUCAAUACUGAGGUACUGUCCAACAGAUAGGGUUAUGGCAUCAUAUGUAUUAAUUAAGAACACUUCAAGUAGGUUAGGGUAAUGCUGAUUUGGUUUUAAUGGGAGUCCCAUUCCUUAUUUCCAAACCAGAAGGUUUUUUAAAACACAAGAAAAAGCUACAAUUAUUGUGAUGUUACAAUUAGUCUGUAAGAUGUUGUGGUCAAUUUGUGAGGAUCAGGUUGUCAGCCAAGUGCAUUUUCUUCUGUUUGGGUGCAAAGCACCCUGUUCUAGUCUACUUUUUGUAGAACUCUACUAAUUUUUUCAUUAUUAAAAUCUCUAUUAGAUCAAAGCAAAUGCAAUGCAAACGAGAUAAAAUUAGUUUUUAAUGUACCAUCAGCACUAUCAAUUAUAGGUGUUUGCAGGGUGCUUAUGUUUGUUCCCUAAUAUCAUGGGGAUAAAUAUUCUAAACACAAGGGCUUGGUGGUUCUGGAAUUGCCCUACUCCUGAAUUUUUGUAAAGAGAAAGCUAUUUUACUGACCUGCUACAAUAACUUGGUUAAUGCAAAAGUACUGUCAAAUUAUUAUCUUUAAUAACGUUUAUGAGACUUAAUAAAAAAAAGAAUAAUUUGCUGUAAUUCUUGAAACAGGAGAAGCUAUCUGGUUUCUGUCAGUUUGAAUCCAUAAGUUUCCAAUCCAUAAGUUGAAUCCAUAAGAACAUAAAAGUUCCACUUUUCUGCUACCUUUACAGAGGCUAUACAUGCCAGGUUUAAUCUUAUUGUUAUUAAAUGGUCACAGCUUUAAGAACAUUAAAAUGUUACAGAAUAAGAAUUUUGUUUUAUGAAAACAGUAAAAUAGGAUUUAAUCCCUAAGGGAUUUUUCUUAAUAAGCUGUAAUAAUAGGACCUCACAUAGAGCCAGCGAUUCUUACCUUAAUUCCUUCAUUUUGUUUGAGACAGAUAUGCACAAUAUCAGUAUCUGCUUUCUGUUCCCACUGUAAUAAACUUUUUU